AUGACCAGUUUCUACACAAGAACAUGUGUGAGCAUAGGGUUUGAUGAUUAUUCAUCACAAAUCUUGUAUGCUGUGGUGUUUGGCUCCAUGUCUGGAGCAUAUGUGGGACUCACUUCUGUUGUCUUGGUUGACUUGCUGGGCAUGGAGAGACUGACUAAUGCUUUUGGACUUCUUCUCAUGUUUCAAGGCAUUGCAUCAAUUAUUGGCCCUCCAAUGUGUGGUGCACUCUUCGACAUGACGGACUCGUACGACUACAGCUUCCUACUUGCAGGCAGCAUGAUUGCUGUGUCUGGACUCAUGCUCUUCUUUAUUCCAUGCAUUUGGCGAGUGCAGGCCAGAAAGUUGGCCAAGCAGGCUUCUAUCAAUUCUCAUUAAUUAUAUUUUCUGCAAACUGGCAGGUAGCAGUGACGGACUGGCCCACCGGGAUACCGGGAAAUUUCCGGUGGGCCCCAAAGUGAUGGUCCAUCACUUUGGAAAUAACGGAAAAAACAAAAAAGAGUGGGCCCUUUUAGACCCUUUUGAACCCUUUUGAGUGGGCCCUUUUACAAGUUUUCCCGGUAGAAAUUUUUGACCCAGUCCGCCACUGGCAGGUAGUAUGUUGGGUUAUAUUAGAAAAUAAUUUUCAUGUGGUAUAGACAUGUGUAAAAUAAAGCUGCGAUUACCCAGGUCUUGUGACUGUUAAGGAAAGUGCUUUCUACUGUAACUCAUACAAACACUAAAACUUGUCCUAAUAAUUGUCAAUUUUAGGACUUUUGUUCUGUCUUGACUUUUAUGAAUUAGUGAUUUGACAGAAAAGUGCUAAUCCAUAUUAAUCAUUAUGUCAGCCAAGAUAUGAUAUGGGACACCUAGAAUAAAUAUUAACAUCUAUAACUAAUUAACACUUAAAUGAAACAAUAACACAAGAAUAUGGAAGUAAAGAUCGGAUUCAGCAGAGAAAAAUGUACCUAAUUGCAGUACUUUUUUUUUAUAAUGUUCCAGUAAACAGCUUUGAAGCUUGGUUUUAUCAGUAACAACUUAAAGUGCAUUAGUCAGAAUUUUUUUUAAUAUCUGAUGGUUUUAUUAAAUACAAGUUUGAUGCUUAGUGUAAUGGACCCCUUACUAGUGCCAGUGUCACAUCUUCAUUAGGUCCAAAAUGCUGAAUAAAUAAUGACCAUUUAAAAAUAACUGUACUGUACUGCACUAGCAUUAGGCAUCUGACUUAAAUUUCAAUAAAAAUCAUUGAAAUUUACUCAAGUUGCUUGAAAAUAAGAUAUUUUUAACUACCCGGUACUGUACACUGACUUUUUUGGGGGGUACUUUUGUACUGUAUCAGUGAUAAUGUUGCCUUGAUUUUAAUACUGUAAGUAAUACAUUGGCAUAGAUUUAAUCUUUGUAAAAUUACUGUGUAUAUAGGAAGCAUAUUGGGUCCAGGUAUAAGUUUAGUGCAAAUUACCAUAUAGGUCAGAGUCCCUUUUGGUAAAAGUUUAACACCCCAAAGAUUGCCUUUAUGUUAGGCACCACUAUGAUAACUGAACUAUUAGCUUAUCUUGUUAUGUACAGAAAAGUGACCAAUCAUGAGAUUACUUUUCUUAAAAAUCAAAUUAACAUAGACAAAACACUAGUGUCUCGUAUGGUAAUUCUUGUUCAUUUUAUCAGUAAUUUAAGCUUAAUAUAGUGAGUUGAGAUAAGAUGUUUUCAUGGUAUGAUUUUUUUUAAUGAUUACAGUACUUAUUGUAUUUUCUUUAAUAAAGACAAAGCAUUCACUAUGA